CUUGCGUCAGAGGCAGUGGAGCAGUCAGCGCGAACGCACGUGAUCACUGGUCCCGGGCAAAGUGGCAGCAACAGCAGCAGCAAGGGCAAGGAUGAUGGAGAUUGAGCGUCCGCUGGCGCAGCAGCAGCAGCAGCAGAACUUAGAUUUAAUUGACAUCCUGUGGAGGCAGGACAUAGAUCUCGGUGUUGUCCGUGAAGAUUUUGAUUAUAACUACAGACAAAAGGAGCACGAACUAGAGAAACAGAAGAAACUUGAGAAGGAGAAACAAGAACAGUUGCAGAAGGAACGUGAGAGCGCUCUGCUGGCCCAGCUGCAGUUAGAUGAAGAGACGGGCGAAUUUGUCGCAAUCCGACCGGCAAAGCAGAGUGCAGCCAUAAUCCCAGGAGGAAUCUCGGAAUCUGCGCAGAUUGCAAAGACAGCAGAGAGAGAUGAUGAAGCUUUGUCGUUUGAUGAAUGUAUGCAGCUCCUUGCGGAAUCGUUCCCAUUUGUAGAGGGUAUAGAGUCUCAUACAGUUGGACCUGAGCCUCCCGUUCCAGUUCCAGCUCAAACCAGUUCACAGUCGAUGGCUCCUUACCAAGCUCAACAAACUGCUACUUCAAACUUUUCAUCCACAACACCUGAAACAAACUCUCUGGAGGAUUUGGAGCAAACCUGGCAAGAGCUGCUCUCAAUCCCGGAGCUUCAGUGUCUGUACAUGCAGAAUGAUAACAUCACCAGUACUGGAUCUGCAGGAUAUACUUCCAAGAACACACCUUCUGAGAUACCAAGUGACGCCUAUAACUUCAGUGCAAAUCUGCCAGGUCACCAUAUGGCUGGCGCCAACACCAGCCUCCUCUCCCUCUUCGAAGACGUAAUGCCACCCGAAAGCCCCACACUACACCCACUCAAAACCAAUACCUCUGAUGUCAUGAACCUUUCAUACGGCCACAGUCCUUUCAGCGAUCAGCUUUUCUCCAUGCCUCUGAAUGUCCCGAGGAACGGCAAUAUUUCCCAGGGCAUCAACAUGAACGAGUCCCUCACCAGCAUUCUGGACGAUGCCAUUCUUGAACAAAUCAACGUCUCUCACUUGAAGGUGGAUAAAGAAUUUGAGUGUAUGGAGCCAUCAAAAUUGCCUGAAGUUCUGGAUUCUGACUCGGGCCUGUCCAUGACCUCAAGUCCCAGUGAAACCUCGCCAGAUAAUUCAGUGCAAUCGUCCAUUUGUGGUGACCCAUCCCCAGGUUACAGUGACUCUGAUGGAGACGAGAUGGAAAGCAGCCCUGGCUGUGUACAGCCAGAAUUGGCAGAGAUGUACCCAAUGCAUUUCCAAAACGAUGGCCACUAUCAGGCACCCUCUCUUGAUCUUGUGCAGUCAAACUCUAGCCUCAACCUUUACACGAAAGAACCAAAGGAUGACCAGCCAGUGAGCCCUGGCCACAGUAAAUCCCCCUUUGUCAAAGACAAGCAUUCCAGACGCAUGGAAGCUCGGCUCAGUCGAGAUGAGCAACGGGCCAAAUCACUCAAUGUCCCUUUCUCCAUCAGAAAGAUCAUUAACCUUCCCGUCGACGAUUUCAAUGAAAUGGUUUCUAAGUACCAGCUGAACGAGGCUCAGCUGGCCCUCAUUCGUGACAUCCGCCGCCGCGGCAAAAACAAGGUUGCGGCGCAGAACUGCCGCAAGCGUAAACUGGAAAAUAUCGUGGGCCUCGAACACGAUAUGGAUCAGCUUAAGGAUGAGAAAGAGGAUCUUCUCCAAGAAAAGGGAGAGCAUGCCAAAAACCUCCUCCAUCUCAAGCAGCAGCUGAACAACCUGUACCACGAGGUUUUUAGCAUGCUGAGAGAUGAAGAUGGCAAUCCCUACUCUCCAUCUGAAUACUCACUACAGCAGACGGCUGACGGCAGUGUGUUCCUCGUUCCCCGGAGCAAGAAACUAGAGAUAAAGAGAGAAUGAAAUUCCAAAAGACUUGUUUUAUUGGAUUUUUUUUGUUUUAAAGAGAAGUCAAAACUUGUGUGAAACGCAAGUUUAAAACUACUGUUUUCAUGUUAAUGAGUCUCCUAUGCAAAAGAAAACCAUAGCAAAUGUUUCAUGGUUUCUAGUGGCUCUGAUGUGAAAGGAAAAGUGAUGGCUGUAGAUUGACUGUAAAUGGUCUCUCACCCACUUCUUUAAUUUUGAUUAUCUCUGUGCACUGCUUAUUACAGUUUUUCUUCUUAGAGCUAUUGUAUAGUUUUGUAAAUACUGCACAUCUUAUUUAUAUAUGCAGAUAUAUAUCUCAUUUGCUAUUAAAUUGAGGGACUUUAAUAGAAUUAUUUUAACAAAUAUUUUAGUAAGCUAACGUUUCUUCUGUUGCAAGUGCCUGUUUUAUACUUUUUUAUUACAUUUCAAAAAUAGGUAAAAUGGAAGAAUUGAAAAUGUAUGAGUUUUCAUUUUCUUUGCUUUCUAUAGAAAAAAUUAUUAAAUAAAAUGUAUCUAUCUAUUGCAA